AUGGACCGUCGGUCCAAACUCAAAGACGGUGAAAAAGGCGAGUCCGGUACCAUGUUUCAACCUCGAUCGCCUUCUGGCUGGCCACCUGCUCACUGUCGGGUCGCCUCUGCUGCUGAUGUGGUAAAUGCUCUCCGCCUACGAGAUUUCAUACAUGAUGUUGCUGCUGCUGUUGCUGCUGCUAAUACCAUAGAUCAACUGCCAUAUCCAAAGAAACUAAUACUUUUGGACAAAGAUUCUGCUCACAUUCGCUUUUUCCCCCAUAUGAACAAAAAGACUAUACUAAGGAAAGAAACUGCGAGAAGAAGAACCUCGGAUCGUUUCUUGUCUUGUCCAGCCGACCCUGCUCCUGGCUACGAUGCUGACGCCGUUUCCGUUGUCCUAGACUGA